UGGAAAGUACUUACAUGAAAUAUUUUUAGGACCUACUAAGCCUAAUGAAAAGUUCAGUUACUGGAAAAGUAACUAUCCAUAAUUAUAAUACGCAUAAAACAUUAUCUGUGAAUGAUAGAAAUACUGUCUCAACUUUAAUCGCUGAGUUUUGGUUAAACAACAAUAUUAAAGUGUCUCAUAAGGAAUAUGAAACUGCAGCUAACCAAAUAAAAAUCAAUUUUCCUUCUGAAGAUGAGAAAACAUACUUAAAUAGUAAAAAACAACGGGGAAAAUUAGCUGAAAAGUACUAUAGUCUUUGCAAAAAAUAUCGUCAACAAGGACUUAUAAAAAGUAGAUACAAUUUGAAACGAAAGGCAGUAGACGACAUAAGUUCGUCAACCAGUGAAUAUAAUGAUGACUUGGAAGGAGGGGAAAGUUUUGGAGAUUACGAAUGGUUACGGUACAAUACAGCACCCCCUAAUUUAGUAUAUGAAAAGUGGGGUAGGACCUUCAGGCAACGUAAGAAAGAUAUUGCUGGAGAUGUUAACAUUUUUGAGAGAUGGCCCAUAUUAAAGCAAGAAAUUGCUGUUUCUUUGAUUGAACUGGACUUUAAUAAAAUUUAUCCUGACAAAAACACAUUGCUCUUUGCAAAAUGGGAUCAAUUUGCUAUUAAAAUUAAACCUAUAUACUUACGAGAUAUUAAAGACAAAAGAUGCAAAUUAUUAUUAGAUUAUUUAGAAUCUCCGACAGUUAAUGAAGAUUCUAAACAUUACAUACUGUGCAUAAAUUUAAAUGCUUUAUUUAUUCCUCAUAUAAUAAAAAAGGGGAAAGAAAAACCAUAUAGACCAUCUAUUUUGGAUGCUCAAAUUCUUUUGCAGUUCACGUUACGGAUAAAACGUAUGUACAAACUUACAUAG